ACAUCUCGAUUAUCACAUCGCGAUCAUGGCUUUCUUCUUACGGCGCCCGUUCGCCGUAUCAUCGGCUCUUCGCCAGCUCCCCAAAGCCUCGAACACCGCUCGAUUCAUCCACAACUCCCCUCUCAAGCCCCAAGCACCUAAGCUUCAGGGAGCUUCGUCCUCGAUCUUCGCCAAGUCCCGCUCGUCCUUCCAGAAUGCAUUCCGCCGUACCUACAUGCAGCAGAGCUACAACACUGCUCAGGGUGGCAACAUGACGCAAAAGCUGAUUUAUGGCGCCGCCAUUGUCGGUGGUACCAUCUUGGCAACCAACGUCAUCUUUAACCGUGAGACGAGAGAGGACGGCGGCAUGCCCGCUUACGAGCGUAGCUUCUUGAACGAAACCUUCAUGCACACUGGUCUCGGUGUUGGUAUCAUCGGUGUUGCUGCUCGCGCUCUUCACAUGAGCGGCUGGUCUUAUCGUCUCAUGGCUAUGAACCCUUGGCUCGUUAUGGGUGUCGGUCUCGUCGGCAGCAUCGGCUCAAUGUACGGAACUUUCUACACCUCCCCUGAUAACUACGUCGUGAAGUAUGGCUGCUGGACCCUGUUCAACCUCACCCAGGCUGCUCUUCUCUCCCCGUUGAUGUUCAUGCACCCCGCCAUCCUCGCCCGUGCCGGUCUUUACACUGUUGGUAUGAUGGGCUCCAUCGCCUUCGUCGGUGCCACCGCCAAGCAGGAGAAGUACCUUUACCUCGGUGGUCCUCUUCUUGCUGGUGUUGCCAUCGUUGCUCUCUCCGGACUCGCCCCCAUGGUUCUCCCAGCCACUGCUGCUCGCACUUUGAUGUGGUCUGAGCGUCUCUGGCUCUACGGUGGUCUUGCCGUCUUCGGUGGCUUCACCCUGUAUGACGUCCAAAAGAUUCUGCACCACGCCCGCCUUGCUGAGCGCGGCCUGAUCAAGCGCGAUGUUGUCAACGAGAGUGUCAGCCUUGAGCUGGACUUCAUUAACAUUUUCGUUCGUAUGGUCCAGAUCCUCGGCAUGCGCAACAACAACCGUCGUUAAGCGGCCUGCAUUUCAUGGCAAUGGAGCAGACUGUUAUUGGCCUUGCUUAACACGGAUCUGGAGUUCUCUUUUUGCUUAACUAACAACCUUGUAUUUUAACCGUUCAUAUUUCUUUUUCUUUCUUUUUUUCUGGUCUUAUGGGUCGAAGCCUCUGCGCAAAGGCACGCCUUUCAGUGUUCGCACCGACGAACCUACAACAAACGGGGUGAAUACAAUCUCCGCUCUAGUUAGAAAAUCUCCCUUAGAACUCAUCUACUUUGCUGGUGCUUCUUCAGAAAUGCAAAUUGAUUUGGAUCA